AUGGCCUUAACACAUUUGUUUCCUGCCAACAGCAACCCCAUAGUUUUUUCUAUCUUAGCAUGGUACCUCUUUUCAUUGUCAAUCUCACUAUAUAACAAGUGGAUGUUUGGGCCCGACCUUGGAUUUGAAUUUCCAGUCAUCAUAACAAGUUUGCACCAGAUGGUCCUGUUUAUUCUCAGUGGGUCAUGCCUCUUAUUAACACCACAAUUUCGUCUGGCUCAUGACUCCAAACUGUCAUAUUCCAUGCCCUGGCAAAUGUACGUUCGUACUAUCCUGCCUUGUGCAUUAGCCUCAGCAGCUGAUAUUGGCGCAGGUAACUCUUCGUUUCGAUUUAUCACCCUCUCAUUGUACACCAUGGUCAAGUCUUCGAGUUUAGUUUUUGUGCUCCUCUGGGGAGUAGCUUUCAAGCUUGAAACCCUUUCGACCAGAUUGGUGCUUAUUGUGGCAAUUAUGACAGGUGGGGUGGUGAUGAUGGUCUAUGGCCAUGAUUCCAAAGAUGGUGACAACAGACCUACCCAUAUCUUCAUUGGAUGUUCUUUAGUCCUGAUUUCUGCUGUUAUGUCCGGAUUGCGUUGGGCCUUAACUCAAUUAUUACUCAAAAGACAUUCCCAUACCCAGAAUCCGAUAUUAACCAUAUUCUACUUAUCUCCUGCUAUGAGCAUUGCUUUGUUCAUUACGGGAGGAUUUCUGGAAGGGUUUGGUUCGUUUGCUGCUUCAAAAGUCUGGGAUAUCAAGGGUGUGCCAGUCACGCUUUGUCUCCUAGUGAUUCCAGGCAUCUUAGCAUUUUUGAUGACUUUAAGUGAGUUUAUCUUACUAAGUUAUGCCUCUCUGUUGACUCUGUCAAUUGCAGGGAUCUUUAAGGAACUACUCACGAUACUCUUAGGUCACCUGGUCUUUGGCGAUUCACUCAGUCUGAUCAACGGAGUCGGCCUACUGAUUACGCUACUUGACAUAUUGUGGUACAAUUAUUACAGAUUGACUGAGAGUUCAACAGUACCCACUCUUACAGAUGUGGAACUGGAAGAGGUAAACGAAUGA